AUGCACGCGCCGAUUCUUACUACACUUCUACUUCUCUCGUCCGCCGAGGCCUUCAUAUCCUACCUCUACACAACCCAACAGUGCACCGGGACUACAACUUCAUACAAUGCUACUAUCGCCAGAGGCUGUAGCACCGAUCGCGCCGGGGAAUUCCUAGGGCUCAUCAAUAAAUGGGACACCGACGCCGACAACAAGGUUAUCUUCGCGACGUACAGCGACAAGAGAUGCUGCCAUGCAAAUCUGAUCAAGAUAUAUAAUUGGUCAGAAGGCUGCGAGCAGGUCGCGGGUGGGGCACAGAGUUGGAGGGUGUUGAAUCCAGAUGAGCCGGAUAAGGGGAAGGAGGGCGAUGACUAUAGUUGCGGAGGCGUGUCGGAGUUGUAG